CUCUGCUUACAGCGUGUUGCUCUGGGCCUCUCUUCUUGAUUCUUAAAACAAAGGGUUUCUGCCCAUAGAUGAUCAUGACAUUCUAUUCCAGCUCUAUAGUAUUUGAUUCUAGUAAGCUGCUACAGAAUCUAUUCACACUAACUAAAAGUGAAAGAUACAGGAAGAUUGACAAUCAGCAACUUCUAAGUCUGAAAUUGAGCAUCACUGCCUGGGAACAACAGAGCCUUGGUUGGCAUAAACUACUGAUAGAGACAAAGGCACUAUCCACAAUAAUCAACUUUUUGCUUUUAUUUCAACUGGAUAAUCCUGAUUAGAGACGCUCCUGUGACAAAAUCAAGAAAAUCGGAUAUAAAUGAGUAACAACGCAACAUGUAUUCAACCAUCCAUGAUCUCCUCCAUGGCUCUGCCGAUUAUUUAUACGUUCCUUUGUAUCAUUGGUCUCUUUGGAAAUUCUCUCUCUCAAUGGGUAUUUUUAACAAAAAUAGGUAAGAAAACAUCAACGCACAUCUACCUAGCACAUCUUGUGACUGCAAACUUACUUGUGUGCAGUGCCAUGCCUUUCAUGGGUAUCUAUUUCCUGAAAGGUUUUCAAUGGGACUAUCGAUCUGCACAAUGCAGGGUGGUCAAUUUUUUGGGAACUCUAUCCAUGCAUGUAAGUAUGUUUGUCAGCCUCUUAAUUUUGAGUUGGAUUGCCAUCAGCCGCUAUGCUACCUUAAUGAAAAAGGAUUCCAUACAAGAGACCCCUUCGUGCUACGAGAAAAUAUUUUAUGGCCAAUUACUGAAAAAAUUUCGCCAGCCCAACUUUGCUAGAAAACUGUGUGUUUACAUAUGGGGAGUUGUACUAGGCAUAAUUAUUCCAGUUAUCAUAUACUACUCAGCUGUAGAGGCUACAGAAGGAGAAGAGACUCUGUGCUAUAAUCGGCAGAUGGAACUAGGAGCCGUGAUCUCUCAGACUGCAGGCCUCAUUGGAACUACAUUUAUUGGAUUUUCAUUUUUAGUCGUACUAACAUCAUACUACUCUUUUGUCAGCCAUCUGAGAAAAAUAAGGACCUGUACAUCCAUUACAGAGAAAGAUUUGACUUACAGUUCUGUGAAAAGGCAUCUUUUGGUCAUCCAGAUUCUACUAAUAGUUUGCUUCCUUCCUUAUAGCAUUUUUAAACCCAUUUUUUAUGUUCUACACCAAAGAGAGGACUGUCAGCAACUGAAUUAUUUAAUCGAAAUAAAAAACAUCCUCACCUGUCUUGCAUCAGCCAGAAGUAGCACAGACCCCAUUAUAUUUCUUUUUUUAGAUAAAACAUUCAAGAAGACACUAUAUAAUCUCUUUACAAAAUCUGAUUCACCCCAUAUACAACCCUAUAGCUGACUUCUGAAUGGAAACCACCACCAAAUAGCAAAGUGUUCAUAUGAAUAUAUUAGGGACACUAAACUACAUUAUUAACAGGUCAUAGCUUAGUUAACAACAGGCACCGAGAAAACCUCUUUGGUUUUAAUAAAUAAAUAAAUAAUCAUAAACCUCACUUUUCAGUUCUACUUAUACUGAAAGUUGAGAUGGCAGAGACUUGCAGAGGCACAAGUCAAGCAUAUUGAAAGGGUCCCACUGCAUAUGAAACCAACAGACCAUUUUCUGUUUGAACUCAACCAUGGAUGCUUCUAUUCAGAACACAGUAUUUCACGACUAUAGGAUAAAAAAGCAAAUUGUUUAUGACUUUUCUGCUUUCUAGUUGUUAGAAUACAAAGGUCUAUCUAUGGUUAGUGUCUUUAAAACUUUAAAAAUGAGUUAAAAAAAAAAGAGUGAAUAAGAAAUUUCCUCACGUAAGUCCUAUCUAAAUGAACAGGUAAAAGUCCAAGGUUUUAUAAACACAUUAUUCAUUUAGUAUUAUCUGGCUCAUGUUACUGGGAGAAGCAAUAUUCAUUGGUUCUAAUAUUUAUUAAGCAGAUGUUAUUUAUAAAUAUGCU